AUGGAUACACUUUGUGUUCACUGUCAAGCUCACCACUGGAUAGCAGAACGACUCUCAGAAAGCUCUGCAAGUCGACCGCUGUUCGGCUUCUGCUGCGACAAGGGCCAGGUCGCUCUUGAGCCUUUGCCUGAGCCGCCUCUCGCACUACGCACUCUUCUCACUGGCGACACACCCCAAGCAGUGGAGUUCCGUAACAACAUUCGCCAAUACAAUGCAGCAUUCGCAUUCACCUCUCUCGGUGUGGCCAUCGACGAUUCUGUCACCACGGGACACGGGCCAUACGUCUUUAGAAUCCACGGCGAGCUCUGCCACCGCUCUGGAUCUCUACUACCUGCAGAAGGCAACCCCCCAUCCUACGCUCAGCUCUACAUCUUCGACCCUCGCCUAGCACUCGCAGAACGCGUCCGUCGCAAUGCAAACCUCCGGCGAGAUACACUACAGCGGAUACAAGCUAUGUUGUCCGCUACACAUAGAUACGCCGCUAUCUAUCGCCAUGCACAUGAAGUGCUGUCGCUCCAAGAGGACGCCGACUUGGCAGUCCGCCUUGCUGUGCAGCCAAACCGGGACCGCCGCCGGUAUAAUCUGCCCUCUGCGGACGACGUUGCAGUCGUCCUACCUGGCGCAGAAGGGGAGACACGGGCAACCGAUGGACGUGACAUCAUCCUCCGGCGACGGUCCGGCGCCCUGCAGCGCAUCCACGAGGCCCAUCCCGCGUACGCCCCCCUGCACUACACGCUAUUGUUCCCUUUUGGAACACAUGGAUGGCACUGGGACCUCCACAUGGGCGACGGAGCACGCAGGUUGUCCCAAACUCGCUUCUACGCGUAUCAGCUCCAAGUGCGCCCGGACGAAUUCUCCACGAUCCUGCGCAGCGGCCGCCUUUUCCAGCAGUACAUUGUCGAUAUGUGGGCUGCAGCAGAGCAGAACCGCCUUCGCUAUCUUCGUCUCAACCAGCAGCAACUCCGUGCCGCAGUUUACAGUGGACUCGAGGAUGCACUGCGCGGAGGGCGCGAUGUGGAUCUCAACGAACUCGGCCAGCUCAUAGUUCUCCCUUCCUCCUUCACCGGCAGCCCACGUCACAUGCAGCAGCUCUUCCAGGACGGCAUGGCAAUUGCUCGAUUCUACCGAAACAUUGACAUCUUCCUGACUAUGACGGCGAACCCU